AUGGUAUCCAACCCAUCAACGCUCCUCCGGGGCGGUCGCUUCAAAGAGAACAUGAACGACCUCAUGGUUACGUUCAACGAGUCGCUCCCCUUCGGCAAGGCGUUGCACGAGGCCGAUGUCAGGGGCUCCAUCACCUAUGCCAAGGCACUGCUGCAGCUCGACCUGCUCACUGACGAGGAGCUGAGCGAGAUCACCAGGGGCCUCGAAGCUGUCGAGAAGGAGUGGGCUGACGGCAAAUUUGUCAUCCAUCCUGCUGUUGAUGAGGACAUCCACACGGCCAACGAGCGUCGUCUAGCUGAGCUCAUCGGCCCAACCAUCGCUGGCAAGCUUCAUACAGGCCGUUCCCGCAACGAGCAGAUCGCUACCGACCUGCGCCUUUGGGUGCGAGCCCAGCUUGAUGGCCUUUCCGAACAACUGCGAGCCGCCCUCACUGUUUGCGCUGCCCGCGCCAAGGCAGAAGUCGAUGUACUGAUGCCCGGCUAUACUCACUUCCAACACGCCCAGCCUGUCCGCUUUUCGCACUGGUUACUCUCACAUGCCACCUACCUGAUGGGCGACCUGCAACGGCUUCACGGAGUCCGCGACCGCACUAAUUGUUGUCCCCUCGGUGUUGGUGCCCUGGCGGGGAACCCAUUUGGCAUCGACCGCACCUUUCUCACCAACGACCUAGACUUCUCCUCUGUCCACCCUAAUAGCUUAGCGGCGGUUGGGGAUCGUGACUUCGUCGCCGAGAUCCUGCAGUGGUCGAGCCUGCUGAUGGUGCACCUUAGCCGCCUUAGUGAAGACUUGAUUCUCUAUUCAACAGCCGAGUUUAGUUUCGUUCGGGUUGCCGAUGCUUAUAGUACCGGCAGUAGUUUGAUGCCCCAGAAGAAGAACCCCGAUAGCCUCGAGCUGAUUCGAGGAAAGGCUGGCAGGGUUAUGGGCCAGAGCCUUCCCACAGCGUAUAACAAGGACAUCCAGGAGUCAGUGGAGCCUCUUCUCGACUGCGUCAAGACGGUUUCGCACUGUCUGCGAAUCGCCGGCGGCGUCCUAAGCACGCUGCAAAUUGAUUCUGAGAAGAUGAAGGCAGCCCCAACAGCCGACAUGCUCGCCACUGACGUCGCCGACUAUCUAGUCUUAAAAGGAGUGCCCUUCCGGCAGACACACCACAUCGCUGGCGCUGUUGUCCGCAAGGCAGAGGAGAAGGGUGUCUCCAUCGCCGAACUAGAGCUGCCCGACCUUAAGCAGAUCUCACCCCAGUUCGAGGCUGACAUUGUCGACGUCUUCGACUUCGAGAGGAGCGUUGAGAGGAGGACUGCCCAGGGGGGCACGAGCCGGAGCUCAGCACUAGGCCAAAUCUCCGCUCUCGAGGCCUAUCUUGCUGGUAAUUAAACCAGACGGCCGACCAAAGCUAGGCCCGCUCUGGAUAAUUAAGUUGGUUUG